AUGACAAAUAAGCAGCUUCCUGAAAACGAGAUUUGGGACGAUUCCGCCCUGGUCCAGUCAUGGAAUGAAGCACUUGAAGAGUACAAGUACCACAGCAUGUCUUCUCGAGGCGAACGAGUCGAGGAUGUUUUGGAUGCUGUUGAGAAGGAAGAGGAAGCACAACAAACANGAUCCACCAUUAACACCAAGACCGAGAAUGUUGACACAAUGACUGGCCUUCCACCCUGGGAAACUGUCCAAGAACCAACCGUGGAAGAAGUUAGAGAAACUAUCCCAGAACUUAAGAAAGAGACAAACGUCGAGCCUGUCCAGGUGCACCCAAUCCAAAACUCCAACCAGGUUCCACCAGCAAUUUCACAAGUCCUUCUUGACUCUGACGAGGGUCUGAAAGCACUCGUGACUUCCUGGUACUUCGCAGGCUACUACACUGGUCUCUACGAAGGACAGCGAAAAGCUGCUCAGGAG